AUGCGGUCAGCACAUACCGACAGCGCAUAUAAGGAUUGGUUAGACAAAACCGUUGAAGAUGGAGCAAUCAAAUCUUAUUCGGAUGAUGACAUUACAGAACGCGUCCUUGUUAAAAGGAAUGAAUAUGUCAUGGAACAUAAAGCAGUGGUGAAGAAUUCUGGGUUGCCCGUCAUGAUGAGAACUUUAUCAUUCCAUAAUAGAAAGGAAGACGGAUACAAGGACCUUGUCAGAGAGUCUUCCACUAGCGUUCUCAUUCAUUCUGGUGUUGCAAAAAUAGGAGAUUUCGGUUCUUCUUGUAUUGUAUCACAAAUAACGGUCCCGUCAAAUAGUGAAAGUAAUUCUGCAUACGUUGACCCUGUGUCUUUCAAAGAUUACUCCUAUAAACUUCGGAAGGAAUCCGACGUUUUCAGUCUUGGAGUAAUACUUUGGGAAAUAUCUAGUGGGAAGAUACCAUGUGAACAACUUACUGCAGAUAGUGACAUAAUAAUAUACAGAUUAAAUGGAUUUUAUGAUAAGCCUUUUCCUGGGACACCUACAGCUUAUGUUGAACUAUAUUCAAAGUGUUGGGAUGAAGAUCCCGAGAAACGACCAGCUUCUGAAGACGUAUACCUGAAUUUGGAAUCAUUGUUGCAACGAGCAGAGGAGCGGACUGAUCAGGAUCACUCAUUAUCGAACGAACAACUAGUCAAUGAUAGUAACGCAACGCAAGAAGUUGGGUUACAGGUUAAACAAUCAAACGCGGAAAAUAUUCAACAUUCACUCCCCAUGGCUUUGAAUUCCAAUUCAACCACAUACACGAUACCAGAUAUUUGGUUAACGGAACCAGAACU